GCGGCCGAGCCGGCGGCAGGGAAUGGCGAGAUAGCGGCGCGGGAGCGGCCCGACUAACUGCAUUGCACGGACAAUGGACAUUUACUUAUGUUCGAAACGACCAUCCUGGCUGGUGGACAAUAGAAGGAUGAGGACUACUUCAGAUUUCCAGUGGCUCCUGUCAGCAUUUGUUCUUCUGUACUUAAUGAAUCAUGUAAAUAGCCAGAGAAAGGAGACUCCUUAUGAUUUGAAGUGUACAACUAACAAUUUACAAACGUGGGACUGUUCUUGGAAAGCACCCUCUGAAGCAGGCCAUGGCACUCUUUCUGAAUUUUGCAUUGAUAACAGGUCCCGUUCUUGUUAUCAAUUAGCAAGAACAAAUAUUGAAAUCCCAGCUCUUUCACGUGGUGAUCAUGAAAUAACAAUAAGAUCUCUACAGGAUGCUGGAAGUUCUACAAGUAAAUUCAUACUAAAUGAAAAAAACAUUUCCUUAAUUCCAGACACUCCAGAAAUCUUGAAUUUGUCUGCUGAUUUCUCAACCUCUACGUUACAUGUAAAGUGGAAUGACAAGGGUUCUGUUUAUCCACGUCAUUCAAAUGUCAUCUGGGAAAUUAAAAUUCUACGGAAAAAGAGUAUGGAGCUUGUAAAAUUAGUGACCCACAACACUACUCUGAAUGGUAAAGAUGCAGUUCAUCACUGGAGUUGGGUCUCAGACCUGCCCUUGGAGUGUGCCACGCAUUAUGUGGGAAUUAGAUGCUAUGUUGACAAUCUUCUUUUCUCUGGUCACAAAGAGUGGAGUGACUGGAGCCCAGUGAAGAACGUUUCUUGGACUCCUGCUUCACAGCCUAAGGUUUUUCCUCAAGACAAAGUGAUACUUGUAGGCUCAGAUAUAACAUUUUGUUGUGUGAGUCAAGAAAAAGUGUUAUCAGCACAGAUUGGCAGUACAUACUGUCCCCUUAUCCAUCUCGAUGGGGAAAAUGUUGCAAUCAAGAUCCGUAAUAUUUCUGUUUCGGACAGUAGUGGAACAAAUGUGGUUUUCAUGAUAGAAGAUAAUGUAUGUGGAACAGUUGUUUUUGCAGGAUAUCCACCUGAUACUCCUCAGAAACUGAAUUGUGAGACACACGAUUUAAAAGAGAUUAUAUGUAGUUGGAAUCCAGGAAGACCAACAGGAUUGGUGGGCCCCCGCAAUACCAGUUACACGUUAUUUGAAGGUUUUUCAGGAAAAUAUGUUAGAUUUAAAAGAGUUGAAGUGUCCACAAAUGAAAGCUAUCAUCAGUUACUCUUUCAAAUGGUUCCAAAUCAAGAAAUAUAUAAUUUUACUUUGUAUGCUCGCAAUCCUCUGGGUCGAUCACAAUCAACAAUUUUAGUUAACAUAACUGAAAAAGUUUAUCCCCAUACUCCUACUUCAUUCAAAGUGAAGGAUAUUAAUUCAACAGCUGUUAUACUUUCUUGGCAUUUACCAGGCAGCUUUGCAAAGAUUAAUCUUUUAUGUCAAAUUGAAAUUAAGAAAAUUAAUUCAGUACAAGAAUUGCGGAAUGUGACAAUCAAAGGAGUAGAAAAUUCAAGUUAUCGCAUUGCUGUGGGCAAGUUAAAUCCAUAUACUGUGUAUACUUUUCGGAUUCGCUGUUCUACUGAAACUUUCUGGAAAUGGAGCAAAUGGAGCAAUAAAAAACAGCAUUUAACCACAGAAGCCAUUCCUUCAAAGGGACCUGAUACUUGGAGAGAGUGGAGUUCUGAUGGGAAAAAUUUGAUAAUCUAUUGGAAGAUCUGGGCAUUCUUUAGUGAGGCCUAUAAAGGACCUGAGGAUUUCAUGAAUCCCAUCUCCCUCGCCUUACAUGAUCUCCAAACAGAGCAGGCCGUUGGAAUGGGAAAGGGGAUUCUCCUCACCUGGCAUCACGACCCCAACAUGACUUGUGACUAUGUCAUUAAGUGGUGUAACUCAUCUCGGUCUGAACCAUGCCUUAUGGACUGGAGAAAAGUUCCUUCAAAUAGCACUGAAGCUCUCAUACAAUCUGAUCAGUUUCGACCAGGUGUAAGAUAUAAUUUUUUCCUGUAUGGGUGCAGAAAUCAAGGAUAUCAAUUAUUACGUUCCAUAAUUGGAUAUAUAGAAGAAUUGGCUCCAAUUGUUGCACCAAAUUUUACUGUCGAGGAUACUUCUGCAGAUUCGAUAUUAGUAAAAUGGGAAGAUAUUCCUGUGGAAGAGCUUAGAGGCUUUUUAAGAGGAUAUUUAUUUUACUUUGAAAAGGGAGAAAGAGACACAUCCAAGAUGAGGGAUUUGGAAUCAGGUCGUUCCGACAUAAAGGUUAAGAAUAUUACUGACAUAUCGCAGAAGACACUGAGAAUUGCUGAUCUUCAAGGUAAAACAAGUUACCACCUGGUCUUGCGAGCCUAUACAGAUGGUGGGAUGGGCCCAGAGAAGAGUAUGUUCGUGGUGACAAAGGAAAAUUCUGUGGGGUUAAUUAUUGCCAUUCUCAUCCCAGUGGCAGUGGCUGUCAUUGUUGGAGUGGUAACAAGUAUCCUUUGCUAUCGGAAAAGAGAAUGGAUUAAAGAAACCUUCUACCCUGAUAUUCCAAAUCCAGAAAAUUGUAAAGCAUUACAGUUUCAAAAGAGUGUCUGUGAGGGAAGCGGUGCUCUUAAAACAUUGGAAAUGAAUCCUUGUACCCCAAAUAAUGUUGAGGUUCUGGAAACUCGGUCAACAUUUCCCAAAAUAGAAGAUACAGAAAUAAUUUCCCCAGUAGCUGAGUGUCCUGAAGAUAGCUCUGAUGCAGAACCUGAAAACCACGUGGUUGUGUCCUAUUGCCCACCAAUCAUUGAGGAAGAAAUACCGAACCCAGCCGGGGAUGAAGCCGGAGGGACUUCGCAAGUCAUUUACAUCGAUGUUCAGUCCAUGUAUCAGCCACAGGCGAAACCAGAGGAAGAACACGAAAAGGACCCUGGAGGAGGGGCAGGCUAUAAGCCACAGAUGCACCUCCCCAUUAAUGCUACUGUAGAAGACAUAGCUGCAGAGGAUGACUUAGAUAAAACGGCGGGUUACAGACCUCAGGCAAAUGUAAAUACUUGGAAUUUAGUAUCUCCAGACUCUCCUAGAUCCACAGACAGCAACAGUGAAAUUGUCUCGUUUGGAAGUCCGUGCUCCAUUAACUCCCGACAGUUUUUGAUUCCUCCUAAAGAUGAAGACUCUCCGCAAUCUAAUGGAGGAGGGUGGUCCUUUACAAACUUUUUUCAGAACAAACCAAACGAUUAACAGUGUCACCGUGUCACUUCAGCCUGCCAUCUCAAUAAGCUCUUAUGUUGCCGGUGCUGCUGCGUCAGCACUGGGCAUUCUUGGAGGGAUCCUGUGAAGUAUUGUUAGUGGGGUGAACUUCACUACGUGCAAGUUACACUACAAGUGUUAAUGUGCUUUUAAUGUAGUCUGAAAGCCAAAGCGUGUGACUCAGAAUUCUCAGUCCACACAACUCAAGAUUUGGAGCUCUUUGUGAUCGAGCCAAAGAAUUCUCAUGUGCUCUACCUUCAAGAAGCAUUUCAAGGCUGAUACCGACUAGUACAUACAUGCAAAACAAAUCCUGUCACAACUGUUUUUGGUUCUGUUGUUAGUGGUUUUCUCAUAUGUGUUACUUCGUAGAAUUGCAAGUGGAUUUGCAGGCAAGGGAGACAAAUGUCAAAGUAACAGAUGAUGGUUAUUUGCCUGACAUUUACUCCAUUCUAGGUGAAAACCAAGCACAGAUUUUAAAACUUUUAAGAUUAUUCUCUUCUAUCCACAGCAUUUACAAAAAUUAAUAUAAUUCUUAAUAUAGCGACAGCUAUUUAGUGUUUUGUUUGAUAAAGUAUGCUGAUUUCUGUGCCUACUGUAUAAUGGUUAUCUCAGGGGUACAAACUUGGAAAACAAGUGUGACACUGACCCUCUUAAAUCAGAAUCAUUUUUUCUUGCUUUACUAGGUUUUGCAAACCUUUUCAUUACCUUUUGGCUUUUAUGCUACCUUCCAUUAUUGCAGUUGGUUGCCCUAAUAUUUAAAAUUUAAAUUUCUAAAACUAUAGACCCAAGUUAAAAAGAAAAAACAUUUUGUGAUACAAUAUGUCACAAGUGUCAGCUUUAUAUGAGCAAAUUCAAUAUUAUUCAUAAGCAUAUAAUUCCAGUGAUUUACUAUGUGAGAUGACUACUAAGCAAUAUCUCGUGGCAUUAGCUAUCCAUAGAGUUGUGAUUGGCCUUAGUUCCUCCUGAGAGGACCAUGCCAUUGGGCCUAGUCAGGCAGGCGGUGAUGAUCUCUGACACAUCCUCGCCAGUGUUCCUCCUACUCCUGAGUCUUACCUCUCCCUUCCUCUUGAAUGAUCAUCAUUCCAGACUAUCUGAUCCAGUCCUCACAUUUUAAAAUAUAAAACUAAAGAGAGAAUGCUUCUUACAGGAACAGUUACCCAAGGGCUACUUCCUAGUAAAUGUCAUAAAUCCGUUUGAAUCAGUGGGCGUAGCUGCAUGGCAGGUGUAGCAACUGCUUGGUGAAAAGUGCAGGGUUGUGUCUUCAGCACAGCAUCCUCUGCCCACCCUUGUUUCUUAUGAGUGAUUGUGGUUCUUGGGAAAGCAGAAUGAAAAACUAAAAGAUAUCUUGUA